CCCCGCUCAGGAGUUUAUGAUCGAAAUGCACUAGAAUUUUCUAGUUCCAUCUCCAUUCUUCUCCUGAGGUGCUUCUGGAAGUGAGCUAUCCGCAAGUGUAUUUUUAUUUUAUCAAAUACCUGGGGAGUGUUACACAGUUCUCCUCUCGCUUUGCCUAGGCGAGUCGGCUGCAAUGGCGUUUACAUUACGGAGCGUGAAGGUGCCGCCAAACUCGGCGAGUCUGGACGAAGCGAGGACGCGAGUCUUCGAUUUCUUCAGGGCCGCCUGCAGAUCCCUACCCACCAUCAUGGAGAUCUACACCCUCGACGACGUCGUUACGGUCUCCCAGCUCCGUUCCACCAUCGCCUCCGAAAUCCGGAAGAACUCCCACAUCACCAAUCCCAAGGUGAUUGAUAUGUUGCUCUUCAAGGGAAUGGAAGAGCUGAAUAACAUUGUGGAACAUGCAAAGCAGCGGCACCAUAUUGUUGGGCAGUAUGUGGUGGGUCGUCAAGGGCUUGUGCAGGACGUGGGAACCAAGGAUCAAGGCAUCUCCAACUUUCUCAAAAACUUUUACAACAGCAAUUACUUCUGAAUUUUUACUCUUCAACAAAUGCGCCUCCUUUCCCAUUGGACGUGGGCUCCACAAAUAAAUAUGUACUUGAAAUUUUCUUUUUUUAUAGAUUGUAAAAUAUAUCACAGUAUCAUAUAAAAUUACAUUAUUUUAUAAAUUUA